CUCCAUGUUGAAACUUCUCCUCCAGCAGACUCUCUCCGUCCGCCGCCACUGCCCGCCUGCUGUUCCCCUCAACCCGGCUAUUGUACACAGUCCCGUGCUAUGACGCUGGAUCGGGAAGGAGGCUCGGAAGCAUCUGUAUGAGCGACCCUCCGGUCGACACCGUGAGACAGGCUGCUCCAACAAAGGCCUCUGGAUGCAGUGUCUCCAGCGGCUCAGGUGAAAGUUCUCUGCCUGCAGAGGACGAGCAGGUUGUCAGGAUGAAGGAGGAGAAUUUGUUCCAUCGGAGGUUUUCUCUCUGCCCCAACGCCACCUCCCCCCCUAAAAUUGACCCUCGCACCCUCACCCGGAACUUGUCAUAUGGAGGAGACAACGACCUCUACAGCCUCAGCCCAGGCAGUGACACAGACAGGAACGGUCUCUCCAUGCUGAGUAAUGAACUUAGCCCUGCCCAAUCACCAGGCAGCAAGUCUGAGUCCAGGAUGUUCAAUGGUGUUGAAAAGGAGUGCCCCUCCCCCACAGAGAAGCUGGCCCGUAAGGAGUCCCUUAAGCUCCAAAAGCAGAACUACAGGCAAGAGAAGAAACGGGCAGCUAAAGAACUAUUUAGUGCACUAAAGGAUCCCAGUGUUGUCAUCAUGUCCAACUGGCUAAAGAUCCGUGGGUCUUUAAAGAGUUGGACCAAGCUGUGGUGUGCACUGAAGCCCGGAGUUCUUUUGAUCUAUAAGACCCCCAAAGCGGACCACUGGGUGGGCACCAUCCUGCUGAGUGCAUGCAAGCUCAUUGAGAGACCCUCCAAGAAGGACGGAUUCUGCUUCAAGCUCUAUCACCCACUGGACAAAUCCAUCUGGGCUGUCAAGGGUCCCAAAGGAGAGAACGUUGGCUCCAUCACGCAGCCUCUACCCAGCAACUCCCUGAUCUUCAGAGCAGCAUCUGAGUCUGACGGGCGUUGCUGGAUGGAUGCCUUGGAGCUGGCUCUCAGCUGCUCCAGUCUGUACAAGCUGACAGCCAAAGGCGGGAAAGAAGGAGAUAUCAGCACGUCUUCAGAGUCCUCACAUAUACUCCACCUGCUGCAGUCUACUGCACUCACUGAUGCAGAGCUGCUACAGUUAAAUGACAGUGCGCUGCUGGGCAAUCACCACAUGGAGCAUGACGGCUUUUCAGACAAAUCGGAGCGAGAGGCUCAUGAUGACUGGUACACCACGGCCAAUGAGAACGGUGGAAGGCUGACAGAGGAGAGUGACAUGGACCAAUCAGACGAGAUCUCCCCAGGGCCACAGGCCACAGCCUAUGUAGAGCAAAGCACAGAGGAGAUGGCUGAGGCUGGCGAGGCGUCCCAGGUGGAGACUGUAUCAGAGGAGAACAAGGGUCUGAUCUGGACCCUUUUGAAACAGUUGCGGCCGGGCAUGGACCUUUCCAAGGUGGUGCUGCCCACCUUCAUCCUGGAGCCCCGCUCUUUCCUGGACAAGCUGUCUGACUAUUACUACCACGCUGAUCUGCUCUCACAAGCUGUACUGGAGGAAAGUGCAUAUGGUCGGAUCAAGCAGGUGUUGAGAUGGUACUUGUCUGGCUUCUACAAAAAGCCCAAGGGUCUGAAGAAGCCUUACAACCCAAUCUUGGGGGAAACGUUUCGCUGUUGCUGGCUUCAUCCUCAAACCGACAGCUGCACUUUCUACAUAGCUGAACAGGUGUCCCAUCACCCGCCCAUCUCUGCCUUCUAUGUCUGCAAUAGGAAGGAUGGUUUUUCAAUCAGUGGGAGCAUCCUGGCCAAAUCCAAGUUCUAUGGUAACUCUCUGUCAGCUAUUCUGGAUGGUAAAGCCAGGCUGCUGUUCCUGGGCAGGGACGAGGAGUAUGUCAUCACCAUGCCGUACGCUCACUGCAAAGGUAUCCUGUACGGCACUAUGACACUAGAGCUGGGAGGCAAGGUUACCAUUGAGUGUGAGAAAACCAAAUGUUUCACAGAGCUGGAGUUCAAACUCAAGCCUUUCCUUGGAGGCUCGUGCUCUGUGAAUCAGAUCAGUGGGAAGAUCUAUGUGGGAGAGGAGCUACUGGCCACCGUUGAUGGACACUGGGACAAUGAGGUGUUCAUCAAUGAGAAGCGCUCUGGCCAGCAGGAGACGCUCUGGAACCCGAGCUCAGACAUUCGCAGCAGCCGCCUCAAGAGACAAGUGGUCCAGGUAGACCAGCAGGGAGAGUUUGAGUCUGAACGACUGUGGCAGCAUGUGACCAGUGCCAUCAUGGACCGGGACCAGCUGAGAGCCACCCAGGAGAAGUUUGUGCUGGAGGAAGCUCAGCGGUCAGAGGCCAGGGAAAGAGGAGACAAACCCUGGACCUCACGACUUUUCCAUCAGGACCCAGUCACCUCUGAGUGGACCUACAGGCACAUGGACACACGACCGUGGGACCCCGAGCGCUGUCUGGUUCAGUUUGAGAAGGACGGAGUAGUUCAAACCCACAUGAAAAACCAGAGGCAACACAACGGACUCUCCUACAGCCACAGCUGGGCCAGCCAACAGAAGGCUGAGAUGAACGGGAAACGAAGGAAGGCCAGCAGCCAGCCGUCCAGCUGCAGCCAAAACACUGAGAGCAGCAGCACCACACCAGAACCUACACACGAGUCCUCGGACAAUGAAGGAUUCUCAAACCAGUGUGCACGGUGCAAUAAAGAGGUGAAGGACAUUGCCCUGAUAGAGUCCUCCAUCACAUCCAUACAGAAGACACAGCAGGACAUCCAGCGGAACCUGGUGGCUCUUAGUCGUCAGCUGACUCGUCGGCGGGAAACAGACGACAGCGUGUCGCUAACGGGCCGCCACUGUGUCAUCCUCUGUGUCCUGCUUGUCUCCCAGCUCCUCCUCAACUACGUUUUCACCUGAGCCCCCUCCUCAGGGAGGAGUUCCCCUCCGGCACUGAUCUGGCAUCAGAUCCCCCCAAAAAGCACAGACUACAAUCAGCGGAUGAGGGCAGAGACCUCAGAUCAGUGUUUAGAGGGCAACUUUGUCCCUUAGUUUCCUCUGAGAGGGGAGGAGCUACAGACAAUAAAGCAAUAAACACAGCCACAGCCACAGCCACCGCCUGUCAGUCAUCUGCAGAGAUGAACAGCACCCCCUAGUGUAGCCAGACUGAAAUAGCACCGGCACCCACGCACUUUGGACAGGAAAGGAGGGAUGAGAGAGACAAGCAUGGCUGAAAAGAUUUUGAAUAAAAAGAUGAAAUGUAUGAUGAAGAUGAAGAAUGAUUUUGCAAAAAGAAAUGACAAAUAGGAUGUUUCACCAUUCCUUAGUAUCUUUUUUAUAUUGCCCUGCAAUACUGUUUAUCUGUUAGUGUGCCUGUAUGUUUGUUGUUUGUACCUACACUACAGUAGGCCCUAUGGGAGCAGGCAGAUCACCGCUUGGACUCCUCCUGCUCCCUUUCCACUUCAGAUUUGGGCCUUAAACGCUGAAGCCAAAAAAAGAAGAAGAAAAACAAGAAAUGUAGAAGGAAUAUCUUCCAACAGUGCAAUUCUGUGCAUUUUGUAUCAAUGUACGCUCAAAUACACUCCGUCUCGUCUUUUAAUGAUGAUGAUUUUACCAAAACAGUAUUUAUAAUCCGAAAGGACAAAGAGUACUUGUUUACAGGGAGCACUGUGUGUGUUUGUAGUGACACGUAGGAAGGAAGGAUAAUGGGAAUGAGGCAGGGCAGAGAGCCAAACAGAGUGUCUUUUGUAUUUGUGUGCCUGUAGUGCUGUAACAGAAGGGAUAAUAGCAUAGCACUGCUUCUGGUCUAGACCAAGACACUAGUGUGUACAAUCAGUUACAUAGAGGAGCAGCGUUCGGAGGAAGGGAUGGAGGGAGGGAGUAAAAAUACAUGAAAAAAUAAUUUCAAUACUUUGGCCUAACAGAAGGGGUCUGUGUGUGCAUCUCGGUCCACACCACAUUCAAGUGUCUGUUUUAAGAUGUAAACACUUAGUAAUGAGUUGUUUUGUUUUUUUCUUUUAAUCAAUUUGUAUAUAUUUGUCUGGAGGUCUGUGUUUCAAAAAGAGAAUUCAGAAUGUAUUUAUUGGGUGAUUAACCUUAACUUUCCUUUCCUUGUUUGUUUGUGUGUUUGUUUGUGUGUGUGUGUGAGUGAAGGAGCACAUGUGUGCGAGUAAGCCAUUAUGGUUGUGCUAUACAAAACCAGAUCUGUGAUCUUGGUUUUUACUGGUUUUUAAUCCUUUCAGUCUCCAUUGCCAGUCCUGAUCUACCCAAUGGGAGAGAAUCGGAGAGCACAAGAAGGAAGUCGACUCUUUGAAUGCUUUUAUUUACACCUUAGUUUGUUUGUCCUUUUCAUUCUUUUCCGGUUUUCUACUCUACCGCCAUGUUGUGGGGAUUCUACAUGCCAGAUAUUUUUGUCAUAUUGUACGAAACUACAGAGAACAUGAAGUUGCCCGAUGUUUUCAUUCAUACCUGUUGCGUACUGUAGAACUACAGUAAAACAUUUUAACCCUGUCACUGCCUUCUGUUCGAUUUAAUGUCUUGUUACAGAAAAAAAUAUCCUCUGGUGUUUGAGACAAUGAGAACACUUUACAGAACAAAAUUGUUUCCGCUGUAGUCAAUAUUCUCCACCAGAGGGGGAUGUUGAGUUGUGUAAACUGGUCUCCAAACUGGUAUUGUUAAAAACUACACUGCAGCAAUCUUGCUGAAACAUCUUCCAGAUGUUGGUUACAAACAUUGGUUGAAAGAACAUUUACUUAAGUAUUGUACUGUUCUGUACAGUACAGGAGUAACUCAAGUUACUACUUAAGUACAAUCUUGAGGUACUUGUACUUGAGUAUUUCCAUUUCAUGCUACUUCUACUUCACUACAUUUCAGAAUGAAAUAUUGUACGUUUCAUCAACACCAUUUAUUUAAGAGUUGUAGUAAUAAAGAUUUUUGUACAAAA